AUGGCUCAGUACUACAAUGUGCCUCCGUCUGCGGGGGGUCCAUUCUCGCCGACGGCGCCAUACUCCCCCUACCCGCCUUCUACAACAGAUUCCUUCAAUUCGCAACAUCCACUGUUCUCGCCGAAUACCGAGUAUCCCUCCGGCGGACAAUGGCCAUACCCGCAGAGUCCUUCGGGUAAAGGCUACCAGCAGCCGUUUGAACAGCAUGCUCCUAGCGAUCUUCCACCUCGUCCUCGAAGUCUCCGAAAGAGGAUUAGCCACCAUAUCCAGAGGCUCUGGCUUUGGGAGGCGAGUGCCUGUGUCGUUGCUGUAUGCGCCCACUUUGCUAUGAUCGCCUUGUUGGGAGUAUAUGAUGGCUCGAGAGUAUCCAGCUGGACGGGGUCCUGGUCCCUUAACAGUAACAUUUCGUUCAUGAUUACUAUCAUUAAAGGCGCUGCCCUGAUUCCAGUCGGGGGUGCUCUAAGCCAGUUGAAAUGGAGACGCUUUUGGAACUAUCGGAAGCUGACCGACAUGGAUUUCUUCGAUGACGCUAGCAGAGGAACGUUGGGAUCGCUCAGAUUGCUUUGGCAUUUGAAAUUCUGGCAUUUUGCUUCUUUCGGAGCAAUUCUGACUCUCGCUGCCUUUACAAUGGAUACCCUUGUCCAGAACGUCGUUGAUACCGAGCAUAAGCUGGAAAUUACAAGAGGUGUCGCAACUCUUCCUCGAACGAACAAUUAUGCGACCUUUAAUAUGUACACGUCUGGAGAAGAUCCGGGGGAUCAAUUACCUUGGACAACCAUGGUAACGGCAAUUGAUUUUGGCAUGCAAUACACCGCGAGUUACUUCUGGGCUGGAAGUAACUUGUUUGUCUACUGUCUGACUGGAAAUUGCACAUUUGGGACUUACCAAUCCCUCGUGGUCGAGCCCCAGUGCCACGACAUGACUAAAUAUCUAGACACAAGCGAUGCGGAUGUUUACAAAAUGCCGGAUGGUCUCUACUUGCGCAAAGAGGAUGGCUUACUCAACAUCUCUUCCACAACUAAGUACCCUUCUAAUGACCUUUUUCCAGGAAUCGGUCCCCUCAUCCUGAACUUCCAGGCUAUCGCAAAUCCAAGUCUCGACAAGCCAGUUGCUAUCCAAUGCGUGAUGUACUGGUCUGUUAACACCUUCGGCUCUACAAAUAUGACGAACUAUACAUUGUACGAGGUUGAAACAUCUCGGUGGACAAAUACCUCCGAAGCAGCGAAAACAGAGUACAAGCAAAAGCACGGCAUAUGGUUGAUACCACCAGAGUGCUAUCUCAACGGAACUCAGAUCAAGGACCCAGCGAAGGACGAUCGAUGCAUUAAUUGGAUAACUCCGAUGGCACAGCUAGGCCUCCAGAAUCUCCUCACCCAUGAUUCGAUUGGAAUGACUGGUGAAGUGUACAAAACGAAGAAGGGAUGGUCUGUUAGCAAUCUGUUCGCCAAUGCUGCCUAUUACUCGACGGACACCGCUCUUCGAAACGAAACCUACAAUGUCCUGGAACUGACUAUUAACAAUACCGCAAUCAUGAUGUCCCAAGGGGUUCGUCAGCUACCCACGAUAGAUGAAACGAACAACUAUACCUGGUCCCCUGCAAACGGGACUGUGUGGCAGUACGAAACCUUUUACAACAUCCAUUUCUACUACCUCGGUAUUACACACUUCGUUGUUGGGGGCAGCUUCCUCUUCCUCGUUCUGACGAUCUUUUUAACGAGAUGCGAUCACCCUUGGAAGUCGUCGAGUCUGCCACUCUUGUUCCAUGGACUUACGCCUCAAGAUCGAGCCACGGUCGCUGAGGUUCCGAUGAUGGUGGAUAUGAGAGAGGCAGCGGAGAAGAUGAAAGUCAAAGUGACGAUGACUGCGGUGGGACAGAGGCUUGCUACGAGAGAGGUGGUAGCCUCGGGAUGA